GUUUUGAACCGUAACCGCGGGCAGCAAAACGGGGGAAGCCGUGGUUUUGCCGGCGGCAACGACAGCGCACACUUCGCUUGACCAGAUUCGCGGUCGCGGACUUCGAAGAACAAAAGAGCGCAACGGUAUGUCCUAUCAAAGUUCGAAUAUUGGAGCUUGAUUUGGCAACGAGGAAAAAUAUCAAAUAUCUUGUUUUUACUAGUGACGUGUAACGAGUGACCUCAUAUUCAUCAUAUCCGUCGUCAGUACCAGUGAAAUCCGCUCACGUAUGUUAUGUAGGCCGUAGGCCCUAUGGUACGUCUGAAAGGGUCUCUGAUACCAUGCCAUGCUUUGAUAGGGAUACACCUAUUGUGUAAGGAGUUUACGGAAGUAGGUUGGUGAGAGUGGAAUUAGUAACAGGAAGGACAGCACCGGUAGCGCAACAAGGAAGUGCUGCACUAGCGACUGAUAUUGGACAAGAUGUGGCGGGUGGCACCUCUUGCACUCUUGCUUCUGAUCAUUCCAAGGACAUUAUCUCUGGGAAGACUGACUGACUGUUCAAAAACGGAAUAUGAAAAAUGCAUUCGUAUGGCAGAUCCAUUGGUUAGAGAAGCCCAUUUGGUAUUUCCUGAUAAUAUCAAUGACAUAGACCAGGUUUGCACAACAUGGAAUCAGUUCGUGGACUGUUUAAAAGUCUACACUGAUGAAUGUUUCACAGCUCAGCAGAAAAAGCAGUUCAACAGAGCUGUUGAAAGCCCCAUAGCGAGUGUACACCAGAUGUGCACUCAACCCAGCUAUCAAAAAGAAUACCUGUUGUAUGCGCCUUGCAUCAAAAGUACGAUCGUCGAAAGAACGCACUGUGGACCAGAAUACAACCUUCUGGUCGAACAGGUAGAUCAAGGAGAUAUUAUAUCAAAAUCAACUCUAUGCUGUUCUCAUGACCGAUUCAAACAAUGUGUUGAACGAGAAACAAGAAGGUUGUGUGAUAGAGGAAUCUCAGGAGGUCCAGCUAACAGGUUUGCGACACAAAUAAUCGACAAGGCCCUAAGGUUUUUGCAAGAUCAAUGCUUGAAUUACAUACCAAACUCAGGUGACUGCCAGCCCCAUCCAACAGACUACGCGCUGUCGUUCUCGCGAAGUACCGACUCAGUGUCUUCCAGUGACAUAUAUCCUUGGAGCACUUCUAGAUUGGAACCAAAGGAGAUGGUACCUCCUUUUAGAGCCACGCCUCCUAGACUGUCUACGCCUUAUUGGGGCAGCACCAGUACCACUCAAGAGGAUCCGCCAGCCGAUCAGUUGCGGUUCGAACAUUUCAGCAACGAACAAGUUCGGUCAGGACCAGAAGAAUCAACACCACUUCUAGGCUCUAGAUCGAGACCGGCAUCUUAUGGAAGAGCAAAUAGUUGGGAUGACAAUCCAUCCACAUUAGGAAAUACUCAACCAUUAACUACUCCAAGCAGUACCCCUACAAAAUCAGACUGGGCAGGUGGAAGCACCUGGGCUGGAAUUAGGGAUUUUGUCAGAACAACAGGUGCAGUAAGUGUUAGCACACCAAGGCCUUCAGACAGACCAUCAUGGGUUAUUCCUUCAUCGGAAGGACCUUCCACGACGUGGUAUCCCGCAGCAGGCAUACAAUCCAUCAAUGAAGUGGAUGAGCCCAAUCAAUUGGGUCUUCAAAAACCCAGACAUAACUUUGCCCAAACACUGCAAACGUCCGUACCCUUUAUAUCAGUGUUAGUAUCGUUGGUAUUGAUGUAUUAGUAUAUACUUAUGAGACGUUUAAAUUUACACAAUUGAAGAUUAAGGAUAAUAAAUAUUUUUCAAUUGUGUCAUAGAACUCAGAAUUUUGAACAGGUUAUGCUGAAUGAGUGACACUCAUUCAGCUGUUCUAUUUAAAGAAUGUACAAAAUACCAAAGCAAUUUCUAAAAUAACCUUAGUCCAGAUAAUGAUGUAUCCGUAUACAGAUAUAUAUAUUGUUUUGGGUUGUACAGUUGUAACAUUUUAUAACGUAUAGAUAGUUUUAGCUACACGUGCUAGAGUGUACGUUCAAGUCAAAGAUAUUUGUUACUGUAAUACGUCUCGAUGCUUUGCACCAUCCCUGUGAUACCCCAUUGUUUGAAAUACAUAGGGUGUUCGCAUAUACUAGUACCCUCACAUUUUGCCAAUGUAUUGAUUGGCUUUCUUAUUUCUCGGAAAAUAAUAUUAAAAUCUUUAGUAACGAUGAGGCAACGUGUUUUCUGUGGCAAAUUGAUAUGACAGAACAAUAUCUUUGGGCAUGAACGUAUUCCACAGAAGUUAAAAUUGAAAAAAAUGUCACUAGUCAUAAAUAUAGAAGGACUUGGAUAUAGCUACCAUUGGGGCCGGCCUUAGAGUUUUGUGCGCUCUGAGGCAAAAGAUAAAAUAUGUGCCCUCCUCUCACAUUGAUUGAGAAUUUUGCGACCCUCUUCCCUCCACAACACUGCGCUCUGAGGCGGCUGCAUCACUUGCUUACCGCCUGUAGCCAGCCCUGGCAUAUCAACUUUAUUAAAUGUUGAACUGUAUUGAAUAUAUUUAUAACAAUGUAAAUGUGCUUUGUAUGUACCCUAUUUAUUAAUAAAAAAUUAUUUCCAAAUCUCAUUCUAC